AAAAUUUUUGUACUCCGUGUGCUCUCUAUGAUUCAUAGAUUUUAUUAUGGCCGGGAGUGAAUCCCAGCAGAAUCUGCAAAGCUUGCUGUCGUGCAGAUACCCCUCUCUUGAAGUUCACUGCAGCUUCCAUGGUGGCAAUGGAGAUUGGAGGCCCGUGCUAUGAUCCUUGGUCCCAGCCAAGCGGUUGCUAAAACAGGAGGCGCUCUAAAAAGCUUUCUUCGAACCGGGAUGAGGCCUACUAAUUAUAAGACGGAGAUGUUCUCCUCCGGCCAAAGUUAGGGACGAUCCGCCCCCAGUUCACUAGCUAUCUCCCCAUCGGCCGGCCAUUGCUCGUUCCUCGAUCGCCUCCUCCUGCGCCUGCGUGUCGGAUAUAUACUCGGACGCCGUCCCGGAAUUAAUCCCCAUUCUCCGGUGAAACCCCUGCAUUUCACGACGUUCUAAUCGAUCGAUCAGUGCCCGCGCGCGAAGCGAAGAGCUGCUGCUAUUCGAUCCAAAGCUGGAAUUCCGCACGCGCAAACCUCAUUAUCCUCGGAGGUACCCGGCUCCCGCAGGCGCCAUGGUGAUGCCGAUGGCGGGCGCCGGCGACGCCCCGGACACGGAGGCGAGGAGGCCCCUCAUCGCCAGGAGGCACAAGGACGGCGAGGACGACGGCCUGGACGACGGCGACGCCUCCUUCUCCGGCGCGGUGUUCAACCUGUCCACCACCAUCGUGGGCGCGGGCAUCAUGGCGCUCCCGGCCACCAUGCGGGUGCUGGGCCUCGUCCCGGGCCUCACCCUGGUGGUGCUGGCCGCCGUGCUCACGGACGCCUCCAUCGAGCUGCUCAUGCGGUUCAGCAACGCCGUGGGCGCCGCGUCCUACGGCGAGGCCAUGGGCGACGCCUUCGGGGCGCUCGGCAGGGGGCUCCUCCAGUUCUGCGUCGUCGUCAACAACAUCGGCGUGAUGGUCGUCUACAUGAUCAUCAUCGGCGACGUGCUGUCGGGAACUACUUCGAGCGGCAAGCACCAUCACGGCGUGUUUGAAGGGUGGUUCGGCCCGAACCGCUGGAACGGCCGCUUCGCCAUCCUGCUCUUCACCACCCUCGCCGUCUUCACGCCGCUCACAUGUUUCAAGCGCGUCGAUUCACUGAAAUACACUUCUGCGUUAUCGGUGGCACUGGCCGUCGUGUUCGUGGUGAUCACCGCCGGAAUCGCCAUGAUCAAACUGACAAGAGGACAGAUCCCGAUGCCCAUGCUGUUCCCCGACGUUCACGGGACCUGGGCGUCCAUCUUCAAACUCUUCACGGCCGCUCCAGUUCUUGUCACCGCCUUCAUUUGCCACUACAAUGUGCACCCUAUCCACAACGAGCUCAAGGACCCGGCCCAGAUCAAGCCGAUCGUGCGGGCGUCGCUGGUGCUGUGCUCCGCCGUGUACGUGACCACCAGCUUCUUCGGGUUCCUCCUAUUCGGCGAGGAGACGCUGGACGACGUGCUGGCCAACUUCGACUCGGACCUCGGCAUCCCCUACGGCGGCGUCUUCAACGACGCCGUCAGGGUCAGCUACGCGCUCCACCUCAUGCUCGUCUUCCCCAUCGUCUUCCACGCGCUGCGCCUCAACAUGGACGGCCUCCUCUUCCCCUCCGCCCGGCCGCUGGCCUGCGACAACCGGAGGUUCGCGGCGCUCACGGCCGCGCUCCUCGCCGUCAUCUUCCUCGCCGCCAACUUCAUCCCCAACAUCUGGGACGCCUUCCAGUUCACCGGGGCCACCGCCGCCGUCUCCAUCGCCUACAUCUUCCCCGCCGGCAUGGCGCUGAGGGAUCGCCACGGCAUAGCGAAGAAGAGGGACAAGGUCCUGGCGUUGUUCAUGAUCGUGAUCGCGGCGGUGUCGAACGGAGUGGCCGUGUACAGCGACGCUUCCUCGUUGUGAUUCGGUGGCAUACUGGCAUGGCAUGGGACUGGCAGCACCGGCAGCGGUCGCCUCCACCAUGGCCAAGCCCUGACCAUGGCGCUCUGUAUGUAUAUUAGGUUGGUGAUGAGAGACCGACUUGAGAGUCCUUCCACCUAUAAAUGCAUGUACAUGUAACAUAUCUCCGUGGUUCUGCGUGAUGUGCAGAAAGUUGAGUAAGGACUGGAUUCCAAUCCAUUGGCAUGAUAGUGCCAAGAAAAUGCGACGUUAUAAAGCUCUGAAACCAAGGCUGUAACGUCUUCAAUUGGGGACGGAAAAAUAGUUAGCCAACGAUUCUCUUGGUCAAUUUGGGUGAGAAGAGUGGGAGCAGUAGAGCGCACACAGGGGAACUGUUA